AUGGGCGCUGAAGCUUCCAGGGCAGGGGACUAUCGCGAGCCCGAUCUUCCCAAGGGCGAGUUAGAGGUGCGGCUGUCCGUGUACAGCUUCGACCUCACCGGGGUUAGCCUCCUCAACUCCCUGGGCUCCAACGUUGCAGGCGCUUACCACAGCGGCUUGGUCGUGCUGGGAAAGGAGUGGUCCUUUGGCGGCCAUGACGCGGAGGGGGAGUCGGGAGUGUACAGCUGCAAGCCGGAGAUGAACCCAGACUACCAGUUCUAUGAUCGCGUCGUCAUGGGGCGGAUCCGUGGUUCGGUCGACCAGGUGCAUGCCAUCAUUCGCAAAAUCUCCAGCUCGGAAGACUGGACAGGGCCGAACUACAACCUCUUCGAGAAGAAUUGCAAUCACUUCGUUUCGGACUUGUGCUGGGCACUGCUGAGGCGCCGGCCACCCGACUGGAUCAACCGCACGGCAGAGUCCUUGGCGAGGAGGCAUCGGGAAGAGAACAUCAUGCAGCAGGCUGCACGGCUGGCCCUCGCCAGCUACCGGUCGCGCUUCAAAGGAGCUGAUGUGAAAUUUGCACGCUUGCGCAGCUCACUUGCCAUGAUCCCCGCGUUUGCAGUUUCACGGCUCAACGCCCGCGGCUGUGUUGCCAUUGCGAUGCCCUUGCAAAAGCUGUCAGACGCGUCGCGGCCGGCGAGCAACGAGGCCGCGAAAGUGUACAGAUGGAUCGAGUUUGCGAACAAGGGCGAGCAGAUCACCGAGUUCGACGAGAGCCACUUCCAGCUAGAGGGCCAUUUUGAGUCCAACUCAUCAGAGGGCCACAAGGUCUUUCAGGACCGCCUCCGAGCCAUCCACUUCCGGAAGGAAGGGAAGACCAAGGCGGAGAUAGCCGGUCUCCUUGGCCGUUCCGAGCAGUUCGUGGCCAAGUGGUGGCAGAAGGAUGAAAGGGAGGUCCCCCGACCCUGGGGGGUGCAUGAAUACAUGUCCAAGGAACUGGGCUCGAAGACUGCCACCAGCGCUGCCUUGUUGGGUGAGGACUCAGCCACCUCCACGGCCGCCUGGUGGCGUGACGUGGAGGUCCGGAGGAGAUAUGCGGCGGAUCCGGCAAUCUAUGAGGAGCUGCUGAAGAACACCGAGUGGAAGAGUUCGGCAGCACGAACCCGGGACUUCUCCACUGGAGCUUCUCAUGUCAAGUAUGACAAGGAGGGCAAGAUGAAGCUGCAGGGCAACCAAGGCGCAAAGUACAAGCAAGGCUCUUCCCCCGCCUUCGACCAACUGCUCCAGCAGUUCUUCGCAGAGUAUGGCCUCGCGGAUCGGACGGCAGGCAUUGCGCUGAAUUGGUAUCCAGAUGAUGGGGAUUCUGUGCUGGGCAGCCAUCGCCACGAUUGCUGGACUGCUUUGUUCUCCUUCGGCCAUGAGCGCAUCCUGACCAUCGACAAGACGCCGCUCUUGUUGCAGGACUGCGAUCUGGUGAUCUUUGGCACCCAGCGCCACGGAGUCCCCAAGAUGCCAGAGGUGGAAGGAGGCCGGAUCACAGUGCCCAUCUUCUUCUAUCCCACCCAGAUGCAGAUGAAGAACAGUGGCAGACCCUCACAGACCCCGAGGACCCUCGGCGAUCCAAUGAGCUCGCCAAGCUGCAGUCCACUCAUCAGUUGGGCGCAGAUCAGAACGAAGCUGCGCUCUGGAGCGAUUCUCAUCGUGCUCAGGCGCUGUGCAGCCUGGUGCAGCUGGGUUUCGAGGAAACCGACGCCAAGAAGGCCCUGCAGUCCGCCCACUUCGACCCGGAGGAGGCAGCGGAACUGCUGCUUUUGGCCGGCUGCAACUGCUGCGACCUCAUGGCUCUGCCGGCGUCCUCGUCUUCGGGGUCCUCAUCCCAGCCCUCUGCACCCGCGGCGUCCCAGCCCCGCAAUCGCUGGGCCAAGAGGGAGAAGGAGUUGGAGAAGGAGAUGUGGCAUUGGCCCUGCAGCUUCAGAUGGAUGGCCUUUGUGA